CCGUGUCCCGGCGACAUGUGGCGGGGCAGCCGAUGGCUCCGGGGGCUGGUGGUGCCAGCGGCGAGGGGGCUGCGGCUGCGCCCUGCGGGGCCAGGCCCGGGGGCCGCUGUGCGCUGCGCUCCCUGCUGGGUGGGGCGAGCCCUCGGCGGCGGGCCCAGCACGGAGCUGCGGGCGGGCGGAGGAGCCCAGCAGGCGCGCAGAGCCCCAGAUCAUGCUCUUUCCAAGUUCAAUAUUGAUCUUAUCAUCUCUCUCCUGAGGCAAGAAAAUGCUAGCAACAUUUGUGUUAUCCAGGUCCCUCCAGAAAUGAGAUACACUGAUUAUUUUAUAACUGUGAGCGGAUCUUCUUCAAGACACAUCCAUGCUAUGGCGCACUACAUGCUGAAAAUGUACAAGCAGCUGAAACAAGAAAAUGAUCCUCACGUUCAGAUUGAAGGGAAAGACACAGAUGACUGGAUGUGCAUUGAUUUUGGUAGCAUAGUGAUCCAUUUCAUGCUUCCAGAGACACGAGAGAUUUAUGAGUUGGAAAAGUUAUGGACUCUCCGUUCUUAUGAUGACCAGUUAGUACAGAUGGUUCCAGAGUCGUUACCAGAAGACUUCAUAGUUGGACUCACUCACCACCAGCAGUGAUCAUAAUCUUUUCUUCAUGAAAGGAAUACAUACAAAUAACGCAGUUAGAGCACUCACCACUUCAGGAUUAAAGAAUGAAACAAG